CCGUGAUGAUCUGUUUACUGAUGUCAAGCAAUUUUUUAAGAUUUUGAUGUCGAGAUAAUGCCACAAUUGUAAUAUUUGCUGACUAAUGGCAAAUGAUCUAGACAAAGCAAGAAAUUCAAGAUUAAAGCCAGUUAUGACAGAUGCUUUUGUUAUCACCGGAUCACGACCACCUUCAGCGAGUGGCAGAGCCCGUCCUCUGUCAGGGAGAACGCGCAGUGGAUAUCAUAAAGUAGGAGAAUCGGCAAAUGUGGAUGAAACUUUGUUCAAAUCUCAUAAUUACGCAACACACUCUACAGAUCAUGGAUUUAAAUAUCCAUGGGUCCAGACUACCAAAGAGGAGAAAAAGAAAGGACCCCCACUUUUAUGGUCUCCGUCGCCAGUAGAUAUUCACAGAUAUGAGAAAAAAUCUCAAGGUAUUAUUUCGUUAAGGAAUUCAUCUACCAGUCAGUCAUCAAAAUCAAAACAUAGACUUACUAGACAUACACCAACUUUUGUAGAUGAGUCAUUGUUUGGAGAAGGGUUACCAGAACCAUCGUUUGAAUCACCGUGGGCAGAGAAGGUGAACAAGGGUGCACCAAUAUACUGGGCACCACAAGAGAGCUACAACCGACAAAUGACGCAAGGAUCUAUCAGAGAUAAAAAUAAAAUGGAACCAUUCAUUUUAGAUGGUAGACCUCCAUCUAGACAAGGCCCACGGCCAGGAAGUUUUAGGAACAGACCAUUAACUGUUGAGAGCAUGACUAGCGGAAAGUCAAAUUCUGUAUGGAAGCCUUAAUUACCAAAAAGAUAAUUCAUGUGUUUUUAACUAAUGUUAAACAAGAGUUGUAUCCCCUUUUUACAAAGUUAACAUUUUCAUUUAGUUUUUAGCUUUUGUUCUGUAUUUUCUUUAUUUCUCAAACUUCACUUCCAUGGAUACUUUCAGUACAUAUGUAUUUGAUUUUUUAUAACCUUCAGUUUAGGAAAUUUGUAAACAUUUUUUUAUGAAAAGGUACUUUAGUGUAGAUGAUGACUUCCAAGAAGAGGGAGUCAACUAUUAGAUAUAUAUGUAUUCUAGAAAUGGGAGACAGGUAUCCAAAUUUUGAAAAUAAUGAUUAUAUUAUGUCAUGUUGAUGAAUAUAUGUCAAUGUAUGUAUUGCUCAAUGUUUUUUUUUAAAUGACUUUUUAAAUGAUUACUUUAGUGGAGUAUGCUCUCACCAUAAAAUUAUGUUGCUAUCAAACAUGAAAUGGCAGCUGAGUGAUUUCAAUUAAACUAUGCUGGCCUGUGCAAACAUGAUAUGUUUAGGGAUAGAUUACAUGAAACAAUAGGAGAGUUUUGAGAAAGUUGUUGUAAUGUUGUUUGAAAAAAGUUAUAUCAUGUGACAUUUUUCUAUGAAUCUGCCUAGUAUUUCACACAGACGAAUUAAGCAGAUGGAAUGUUUUAAAUAGACUUCCACUCUAAAAAUAUAUUUUACUUUUCUAUUUUGACCCCUUCACCCUGUUAAAACCGAACUUUGGGUGAUAUUUGUUAUCAGUUGAUGUUUUUAGGAUGACAAAACGUUUUUGAUCCUAACCAUGCUAACAGUGUAUAUAUUUCUGACAUUUAAUAAUCACAUGUCUUUUGUGUGUAAAACUAAAUGAAUUCAAUUUCAGAAUGACAGACUACCGUUAAAUUCGUUAAAUAAGCGCAGGUUUUUUUCUCUGUCAUUGUCCCUGCGUGCUAUACUCAGGUGCGCUUUAUGUAUGUAUUUUUUUUCAGUUUCAGGGCAAGCGUGAAACAAAAAUUUAUCUGGAUUUUUUUUUUAUGGAGACCGUCAGAUUGUCAAGUGCUUGCAGUGACUUGAUAAAUUGUUCAUGUGGAAAGUAAAGAAGUAUUUAUGUAAUAAUGUGAAAUUAAUGUAAAUCAAAAGAACAUCUCUCAUAUUGCUUUUUUUAGCAGUUAACUGAAAGGCCUUGAUUGUAUAGCUUAAAUGCUUAAACAUUUCUGCAAUAUCAACUAUCAAGACAUCAUUAGUGUCAUCUUAAGUAUAAGCGUUUUUUUUAUUCAAUAUUAGCAUUAUAGCAGAUAAAGAAGAUACAUGUAUUUAAAUAUGGAAUUUCAAAGGGAGACUACUCUAUUGCACAGAGUGGUCUAUUAUCUGUGAUAUAAGACCGGACUAUAGGCCCACCUUUAGUCAAUAUGUGUCAGGUUUAUAUAGCUAGCAACAGAAAUUGCUUGGACCUCACUGUUUAUUUUUAUUUUAUGUUUAGAAUUUUUGUUAAUUUGAAUGUAGUCCAGUGUUCUUUAAGACAAAGUGGAUGUUACCAGGUAUCAUUACACUAACAUUUUGUACAUCAUUGUAUGGGAAAUUUAUUUGGUGAUUAUUAUGUAUUUUUCUUUUUUGAUUUAUAUUUCUUUAUUUGGCAAUUUUUUUAUGAAAAGAAUUUUUAAUUAAGAUUAGAAUGUAAAGCAUUUUUCUAGUUUAACUUUCAAUAAAUAAGUUUAGGAUUUGUUUUUAAUUAACAUGAAUGUAUAAUGAAAUCAAAAUAUAUAGCUCAAUGAACUUUAUUUUAUAUUUAUUAAAUGUUUUUAGUAGACAUUUAUGAAGUUUUGGCCUGGUUGGAGUCUCAACUUAAAUAGUAUGAUGAUGUUAAACAGGCUAGUGGAAAAGUGGGCACCUAAUUUGUGCAAUCAAGUCCUGCUUCAAUUUUCAAUCCAGACCCUUGAAACUUCACAAAAAGGUUACACAUGUUACUGUGGAAUUGCAGUACUGCCAAGUUUUUAUGAAGCAAAUGCGUGAGAUUUGGCCAAAAUUGUAAAGAUCAAAGAGAAAAAACAAUGAGGGGCGUAAAGGGGGGGUGGGGGUAUCUGCACGGAAGAACGCGAAAUAACAUUGCCAUUUCAUGAUGAACAAACAAUUAAAAAUGUCUUGCACGUUGAUCUUUUUACUGAUUUCACGAAACACGGUGAAUAACGAACCUUUUUCACAGCUGCACGUGAAAUAUAAAUGGCAAAACACGUUGCACGAAAAUAACCUUUUACCACCCUCAACAAUAGAUCAAAAGAAAAUGCCACCAAAUAAGCAUGAAAAUGCGUGAGUCUCAUGCUAAUUGCACGUGACUUGGCUGCGCCCUGGAAUUGUUUGAGGAUUUUACCUCAUUUUUUCAGACUUGGGAACUUAAUAAUUUUUUAAGCAAAAUUGCCAAAAGAUGGUAACAUUAAGUUUUAUUUUAACCAAGAUAUAUGAAACUUGACAGAACUUUUAAAUUUGCAAACCUAUUGAGGUUGCGGACCCUGUAUUGUGGAGUUGUUUAAAUAUUUUUUUAUUUUUACAUAUUCAGGGGUUAAAUUAAAGCUCCAAUAUUAUACCUCCUAUUUUGAUUCCAUUUUAUAUAUUUGAUGUAAAUAAACUUGUUGUGAAAUUAGAGAUUGUUGAAAUCUGAUUCAAAUAUUUAACAUGUUUAAUCUUUUUAUUACACAUGUGCUAUAAACCGCAUGGUCAAUUGUUAUUUUUGGUAUUAUUUUAUAUAAGAUUUGUGAUUUGUGUCAAUAUAAUCUCAUGAUGUUGAAACUGUAUAGAUGAAAUUAACAUGAUUAAGUUGUAAUUACUUGAAAAAGAUACAAAACAUGUACAUGUAUGUUAUUAAGAUUUUCAAACUCAUAAGUAAAAAACAAACUGACAAUGCCAUGGCAAAAAACAUUAAAUGACAAAAAGACAUACAACAGUUUACAAACCUAACAUAGAAAACUAAAGAAUGAGCAAAAUAAAACCCACCAGGAAACAGGGUGAUUGGAGGUGCUCUGGAAGGGUUAUUAAAGGGUGGAAUUUAUACUGAACAUUAACUAUGAAUAUGAUUACCGGUAUUUUAAAUUUUAGAUGGUUGCUUGUAGCAUUUCCUCAACAUACGGGUAUAUACUCUUCAGUUAAUUUAUAAACAAUAAUAUUGGUUUAAGAAAAAAUCACUUUUUUAGAGCAAAUAAGAAAUUACACUUCGCACUCACAGCACGCAUUUCGUGCAUUGAUUAUAUUAUGGAAUAUUUCCAUACACAAAGCUUUAUUUGGAUCGAUUACUGUGGAUUCAUUAUUUUAGUGGUUAUAAGUUUGCAUGGCUACAUGUAUGUGAAAAAUUGAAAUUUCAAGGGUAUAUGAUUUCAUGGUUCUCACCAAUUCUUCAUAGAAACCUUUAAGGAUGUAGUCAUUUCAGGUUUAGGAAUUUUUUGUCAGAUUUUUUGACUCCUUUCGUUUUUUCCUACAAUACAGGGUAAAAUAUUUUGCCCUAUGCCACCAACUUUCUUUUCAUAGAUGACUUCAAUAGCUCAUAAAAGUUCAUUACCAAAAUUUAAGCAGAUUCUAGAUUUCUUUUCUCACAAUUUGAGACCCAAAUAAUGCCAAUACUAAAUAUAAGGUAAAAGUCAGAGUCAGCCUGUUCCCGCCCUUUUUAUUUAAAUCAAAUAUCUUGAAAACAAGUUCCAUAACCUAUCAUUAUUUUUAGCUUAUUUUGUUCCUUAACUAAUGCUCUUUUAAUUUAAAGAAUCAAUUUUAAAUUCCUGAUUUUUCAAUUCACCUGAUUACAUCCUUAAGAAAGUUGUAUGAUUAUCUUAUCAGGAAUUAUUAGGGACACAAUUGUAUUUUAUAGAAAAUAAGAACUUGUACUGCAGCAAUUACAUUAUGUAUUUAACCAGAAUUAGGAAGGGAAAUGAUAUAUCUCUGUAUUUUGUUGUCAUUAUCAGUGAUAUUUUUCCAUGUACAAAGGUUUUUUGAUUUGACUAUACUCUAUGGUUAAGGGAUGAACAAUAAUCUUGCUUGAAGUAGUAGCAUUACAUAAAAUAGAAGGUACAUCUUUGUAUAACGUGUUUUUCAAAAUCCACCUAUUAUGUUUUGGAAUUAUAUAUUUCCCUGCACAAAGCUUCAUUAGUUUUGAUUAAUUUGUGACAUGUUUAAUUUUUGUGUUAUUAUUGAAAGGAAGUAUGUCAAAGAUAUAGUAACUCCAAAACACAUAAAACCGAAACAGACAUCUAGAGGUCUAUUUAUGGUCGCUAUUUUAAAAUAUUAUUUGUAAACAGUGAUAUACUAGCUACAAAAGUGAUCUUUUAACUUAGAAAACUUCUAGUCAGCUAUGAACAAAAAGAUGUUGAUAUACCGGUCAAUAAAGAACAAAAUGAAGACUAUAGGGUAUGGGGGUUUCUCAUUGUUGGGAAGCCGUACUAUGGCCUGUAUUGUUUACUACCACUUCAUUUUAACUCUAGUGGAUAGUUGUCGCAUUGGCAAUUAUACCACAUCUCCUUAUUUUUAUAUUGAUAUACCUAUUAAUUAUGGUCAAAAGGAAGUUGUUCAGUUAUUUAGUAGUAGAAAUCAUUGGCCAGAGUACAACCAUAUCUGCCAAUCUGUAAUCAAAUAGUAAGUUUUCAAUGGUAAUUUUGUACACAGUGUAAUGUUAUCAAAACACUGAUAUUUGUAGCGAGAUGAUAUUCAUUCUUCUAUCAUAUUUUUAUGUAAUAAUUUGUAUUUGGAAACAUAGGAUGUGGGAUAUCAUUGAUUUUUACAUUUAUUAUUAAUAAGCAUUUUCAUGAGAGAAAUGCUUUUUUACGUUUUUUAAAUAUUUUGUUUCUCAGAUAUACUUUUAUCUAUUUUUGAUGUCUUUUUUUUUCAGGUUGUACAAUGAUCAAUAACAAAUUUUUUCCUUGUUAACCAUUCUUAACAUUUUUUGUGGCCUUAACCUCAUCUUUCUGGCUAAAUUGUACAGACUGGGACAUUUCUGUUGCAUUGAAAACUCUAGAAAAAAAUACUGCAUUGAGAAAAUGAAGAUUUGAUUGAUAAAAACUUUUUACAAAAUAAAAAUUUAUAUUUUGAGAGAUAUGUAUUUGAAUGGGGAACAUUCUGUAACAUACCUUGUUUUAUGUCUGUUCAUAAAAUAAGUGCUAUUAUAUUUUAUAAUUAAAUGACAUGCAUCUCAAAUGUCAUUUAUUCAUUUUAUGUUUGAAGGUAGAAAUCUUGUAAGCAUUCCAAUAGAAAAAUGCAUCUAACAUUUUAAGGAUGUGCUUGUGUUUGGUGUAAAUUUUGAGAAUUUUCCAGUGUUGCUCCUUUAAAGAAGCAAUCUUAAAUUAGAAUGUUGUAUCAUUUACUAAUAAUAUUUUAAGUUUUGUAAGAAUAAUGUUGAACAGAGGGGAAGAAUUGUUUUAAUUGUGUGAUUUUCCAUCUUUUACCUGUUUUAUGUUUUAAAUUGAUGUUUUUUUGGACAAAGCAGCAUAGCUCAGACCUAAAGAGGUAUUAAAACAACUGUAUGUUUUCAAUACUAUGGCUGUUGUGCUCAUGUUUUACAGGUAACCAGUGCGAAAAAUUUAAACAAAGUUUUGAAAAAUAAAUGCCUUUAUUAUAUUCCAAAAUCUCUGUAAACAAACAGAAUAUUAAAGUAAGAAUGAUUUUUUGUAUUUUUGAUGCAGAGAUCUAUUUAAUAAUAUUUUUUGCAAUUAUUUUUAAAAUAUUGAAAAUUUAUUUGGAAUGCCUAAUAUACUCGAUCACCUCAUUGAUCAUUAAACAUGGCUACCACCAUUGCUAAAAUUAGAAAAAAAUUACACAAAAUCCACUUGAAAAUUUCUUAAAAUUACGUUAUUAAGUACCAAUCAACUGUAAUUAAAUAUGAGGAAAAGAUACAUUAUGAUCCUGCUUUUAAAAAUUGUGGUUGAUGGUCUAUCAAACAUCAACAACUAAGAAUUGGGAAUAGACAGGAAUUUCCAUCUUUAUGGAGAAAAUGGACUUUGCAUUGAAAUGAAAUCAUGGGAAAUGUUUUCACACCUAAUAAGUCCUAUUAAGUAUUCAAAAUUAUGACAGAAAUUGAAAUAAAAACAUUAGAAAGUCGUGAAGGGAAAUCACAUUCAGCAUGUUCAGGAUAUUUUUAUUUUUUUUAUCACCAUUCUGAACUAUUAUUAACAACACUGUUGCUGAAAUGUUUUAAUUAUUAUAUCAGAAUUACUUUAUUGAUGACAGUCCCCCUAUUGUUACUGUCAAACAUUUCACAACUGUAGCCAUGGGAUGUAACACUGGGAACGUGUAUUAAUUGUGUUUGUAACUUUAUAUAUCAAUACAUUAAUUCAUUAAUAUUUUUUGCUGACUUUGUACAUGUGAAUUAUUGUUGAUGACUGUUGAAGUCUUUAUUUUUUGUUAUAUCAGUAACGAGUAUUUUACAUAGUUUACUUAUUCUAUUUAGUCACCUCUCCAUCUAUUCAUUUUUUAUUUGAGUAUUGGAUUUUGUAAUAAAGUUUAAAAUGUU